CUGGGUUGAUGGCGUGCCGUCGGUAGUAAGGGACUUGAAGGCAGACGUGAGGAGGCGACGGGUCGUCGGCGGAGCCAGAUCAGCACCCUCUAUACCCUAACCGGCUGGCGAGCUGCGGCGCUUGCCUGUCUGUCAGUUAAUUAAGGGUGGUCGGCGGUUCGUACGUCACUGAUGUGUGCUUGUGACUGACUGACGGUGUGCGAGCUGCCUGCCGGUGUGAGUCGCGUUGCGGCCUGCAGGAGGGGUUCUUCUUCUUUGGGCGAACUCUUUGCGUCUGCUGCCCCUCACUGCACUUCCACACCUCUCGUGACGUGAGUGGUGGCUUGGGCGGCUCGUUGACACACAGACGGACUGCAGAUAGGGUGCUCAGCUGGGUAUCUUUUAAGCCUCGACAUCGCCCUUCCAUACCGCUCUGAUUGAAGCGGGUUGUCAGGUCGGUAAGAAGGGAGGGAGGGAGGGGGCACUCUGAGUGAGGAGGGCGCCUUCACUGUGUAUGUCCUUGUGUUUCCUGGCAUUUCCUUUGUUCAGGUGUAUCGCUCGUGUGUCUGUCUGUUUGGCAGCCCAUCCCACCCACCAUCGCUCCCCUGGCCUCCCCCACCCCCCUCACCCCGCCCCUCUGACUGACGACCAUUCACCAUCACCAUCACCAUGACAUGGACAGCUCCGGUGCAGGCGCAAUUUUACAAGACCAAGAUGUGUCCCCUGUUCGAGAAGGGUCGGUGCUUCAACGGCCGCAAGUGCCGCUACGCGCACAGCGACUCCGAGCUGCGGGAGCUGCCCGACCUGCGCUGCACCAAGCUCUGUGAGUCGGUCCUCAAGGGCGAGCCCUGCAAGUCCGACAACUGCACCUUCGCGCACACGCGGGAGGAGCUACGGACCUCUCAUAUCACCUUCCACAAGGUCAGCCUCUGCAACUUCUACAAGAAGGGACGAUGCCUCAACGGAGGUACGAACGUGAAUGGCAAACACAGGGGAUGGGAGGAGAGAGAGAGGGUCUGGUGCAACGACUGUUCUCGUGUGUUUGGUCCAUCAGUCUAUUGCCGCUUCGCCCAUGGGCUGUCUGAGCUGAGAGGACCGCUGCCCAAGAAGACGUAAACGACCAGCCAGCAGACAAGACAGAAAAUACCCCACCCACCAGUCACCAUUCCUCCCCUGUCUGUCUGUCUGUGUGUGCAGGUCCAAUCCGAAGAGCAAGAAGGGUGGUCUGAAGGGCCGGCGGCGGAUGGACGACGGCGAGUACUCCGAGUACACCGACGACCACAACAUGGGCAUGGAGGUCCACGACAUCCGCUCACCCCACUCCGUCACCACACUCACCGGCGGCAUCUCACCCACACCCCCCUCGUCAGGCCCCGGCAUCUCCGUCGCAUCCACCACCUGCAGCAUAUCCGACAAUGACAACAGCACCGAGAAUAGGGCCUUCCACGGCGGCUUCCCACGACACGUGCUCGAGGGGGUGGCCGAGGGCGACUCCACCGACGGCAGCUCACACGAGGGCCACUCGGUCGUGGGGGUGCCGCCCGGCGCAUACAUCAAGAAAUUCGACGUGGAGAGGUCCAUCACGGAGGUGACGGCCACCCCACUGCCCCCCACUCCCACGCCCUCGCUCGUCUUCAUCAGCCGACAGGCCGAGCACGCGCAUCACGAGAUGUCGGCCAGCCCGCCGGUCGCCACGCCCCAGGCGGCCCCCGCCACGCCCCACUCGUUCAAGCCCCCCCUCCCCCCGAUGUGCUCCGUCCCCCUCCCCACCCACGACCUGACGUCACUCGCCACACACCGGCCGUCCAGCAAGAAGAAGAAACCGCUCACCAUGCCCCUGCCCCUGCCGCUCAGCAGCCUGCUUGGCCCUUAUGGCGGCGAGGGCAUCCUGGGGGGCGGACCGACAGACAAGGCCGACGUCGUUGUGGGAGUGGGGGCCAAGGCGGCACCCGAGAGGUCGUCGUCUGGUCCUGUGGUGACGCGUCAGGCGUCCUUCCCUCUCGAGACGGUGGCGCGGUCGGUGACGGGCAGCUCGCUGAGCACGGUGCGGCCUCCCCCACUGGACAUCCCGCAUUCGGCGUCUGUCGGGUCGGUGGGCGGCAAGGUGGUGUCUGGCUAUCCGCCUCACUCCCACUCUCGUCCGUCUCACUCGUCGAGUACGAGCAUGCCGAGCGGCGACACGCCUGUGGGCAGUGGGGGUGGGUCGGGGAUGGGUGGUUUUUACACGCCUGGCGUCGGGCCCACCACCCCUGCACUCUCGGCCUCGUCGACGACAACGCCACUCCCCAACUUCCACGUGAGCAGACCUGACAGACAGACAGACAGACAGACAGCCACAAAGGGGCGAGAGGAGGGUGGGGUGGAUAUCAUGUCGGCAUUUGUGGUAUUGUUCAGCAUCUCCUCUCAUGCACAUCGCGGCAAUUCUCCGCCGAAGGUGAGAAAUGAAGACAGACAGACAGACAGACAAGCCGUCAGGGCCCACCCACCCAUGGGUCUUCUGUCUGUCGUACUUGUGCCUGUUCUCAGAAUUGCAAACCCUCCUGACCGCCCCAUCUGCCGUCUACGAGGACUGAUUGACCCAAUCAGACAGGCAGAGAGACAGAGAGAUAGACAGACCACACAGCGCUGAUGAGCCAGCAGUAGUGGCGGGCCGGUGGGUCUCACGUGCAGAGCUUUGUCACUCAGAUGACAGACGGACAGACUGACAGCUGACGAGAGAUGGUGUAGAGCGGGGUGGUAGGGACGAGAGAGAGACGUGUGUGUGUAUGUGGAUGUGGUGGGGGCUGGGGGGUGAGGGGCGCCUGCCUUUCUUCUAUCCUUCUAAGGGCGGGUGUCUUGCCGUCCACUCACUCACUCACUCACUGACUGACUUAUCGCUGUUGCUUUUGUUAUGUCUAUAUUAUCUGUAUCUCGGCUGGCUGCUGGCUGGGCUGGGGGCAUCAAUCAAUCAAGCGGGGGCGGGGUGGGGUGGGCCUGCCCCCCUCUCUCUCUGUCCGUCUUUCUCGUGAGUGAUGUGUUUGUGCCAUGGUGCUUCGCUCGAGUGGUCAGUUGGUUGGUUGGUUGGUUGAUGCGAUCGGUGGUGUGCCGAGUGUAAUUAAAGUCCAGGAGGGGCGAGCAGAGCCCAAUACCAGCCUGCCGCCCGUCUGCCAGCAAUUGAAGGACUGACUGACUAGCGAUGACUGAGGGAUGGAUGGAUGGAUGCUGCCUACGAUAGAUACCCGCUGGCUGGCUGGCUGGCUGGCUGGCCUAAUUGACUGACGAGACGCAGACAGACGAGACAGAUAGGUAGAAGAGGCAGAGAGAGAAGCAAGCCAAGCCUAGAGACAGACAGACGGACGAGCGCACCGCGCUGUGUGGCUGGAUGAGUGGACGGUCGGUGACAUGCAUGUGUGUGGUGUGGUGUGUGACGACAGAGGGGCUUGGUCGGGAUCGGGGUGGGGGUGGGGCUGCAUUGGUCUCUGGCAGCGUCUUGCCUGCCUGCUCUUCCGCCGCCGCCAUUUUUCUUUUCUCUUUUCUUUUCCAUGGACUCGCGCCCACGCUGGUUCAGUUCACACGCUGGUUUUCCAUGCCUCCCUCCCCUCCCUCCCCUCCGUCUUGGUCGGUCGAUCGCCACUUACUCACUCACUCACUCACUCACUCUGAUGUCUGCCGUGCUUUGCACCUGUGCCUGCCUUUUCCUUCCUCCCACCAGUGUGCGGUCAGUCAGUACUGACCGAUAGUUUUUUCAACAUGCCCCUCCAUCCAUCCAGCCAGCCAUCCAUCCAUCCAUCGGACAGCAGGGUGGAUGGGCGGACGGGUGGGGGGGGGGGGUCUGUGAUUUCUUAUGGCUGACUGUCUGUCUCACGCGCAUCCACAUCGCUACGGUGUCCCUCCCUCCCUCCAGUGUGUGUGCCGCGGGGGUGCGUCCAUGCGUUGAAGAGAGAGCGAGGGAUCUGGUGGCUGCUGUUUGCGCUGCAACUGCAUGGUUGAAUGCCUGUCUGUCUUUUUGUGUGUUCGUCGGUUGGUUUGUUCGUUCGUUCCGGCCACUUGCGGACUUUUUCCCAUGGGAGCGUGGCGUGGCGUGUCGUUGGUUGGCUGUCGAUUGGGUUGGUGUACAGGCAGACGGACGGGAGCAUGUGAUGUGUUUGGGUGCUCGGUGUGUGUGUGUGUGUUGAUGUGAUGUGAGGGUAUGUGUGAGUGCAUCUGUGGGUGAUUGUGUGUAUAGCACUACUAAUACAUGCGAGGAUACAGACAGACAUGAUGGACGAUGAGGGACUGGCUGGCUGCGUUUAUCUGUUUCUAUCUGCCUGCAUGCCGUGUGCGUCUCUUGUGUGUGUGUUGUAUCUAUUUAUCCGGUGCUGAAUCCGUGUGGUGUCGUGUGGUGUGGUGUGGUGUGGUGUGUGGCGGUCUAUGGUGACCGUCCCUUGUUUGUGUACAGUAGCCAUCCCUUGUCUUGUUGUUGGCUCCUCUGUGUGUGUAGGUGGGGUGGGUGUGGGUGUGGGUGUGUGUGAGCGUGUGGAUCGGCAGACAGACAGACAGACAGACCGUAAUUACUCCCUCAUGUGUGCCGUGAAUGCAUGUGUGUGUGUGUCCAUUGGGUGGGGGGGUGGAUGGGUGUUACUCACUCGUAUAUGUGUGUGUGUGUGUGGAUGUGUGUAGUGAUGUGUACAUAACGAAUGUCUGUAAACUAUAUAGAACUCUAUAGUCAGUAUACACACUCUCCUCUCGGCCUCUCUGCCUCACUGCAUUGCCUGCAUGCUUGAAUGAAUGAGUGUCGUGUGUGUGUGUGUGUGUGUGUAUUGGUCACUUUCUCCCUCACUACUAUCUAUCAAGAUCGCUUCGCUUACUCGUGUCUCACUGCCUUGCCGUGGUGCACUCCUGCCUGCCUGCCUGCCUGCCUGUGUGUGCGUGUGUGUGUGCGUGUGUGCGUGCGUGUGGUGUGGUCGCGGUGUUGUGCUAUUUAAACCCCAUCAUGGUGAUGUUGUGGUGAUGUGCCUGCAUUGCCUGUGUGCGUGCUAUCAAUGUACUUUUUGUCGUGCCUCCGUCCGUCUAUCCGUCUGUCUGUCCGUGUGCGAGGCGUGUUGUGGCGUGCUGCGACCGUUUUGUUGGCUCUCGAUGGAUGGAUGGAUGGAUGGAUGGGUGUGAUGUACAGAUGCAGAGGGAUGGAUGGUUGGGAGGCUGGCUGACGGCUGCUGAGGGUGUGCACGUGUGUGCGCUAGUCUCAUGCUGAGCGUAUGAGAUGAGAGUGUGCGAGGGGAAGAGAGAGAGCUACUGAGGCGAAGUUUGCUGUCCGACUGAUCCACCGCCCCACCGCAGCGGCCUGCCUGGUCUGCCUGCGACUGGUGGAUGGGCACGUGCUGUGUAUGUGACGUCUCAGAUAGCGAUGAAUGAAUGACACAGUGGGUGGGUGGUGUGGUGUGCGUGGUGGGUAGAUCAGAUCGAUGUGGGUUUUCGUAGGCCGAUGGUCAGAGUGUGCAGAUGAGAGAGACAGGAUGGAUGGAUGGAUGGAGGGAUGUGUGUGUGUACUUAGGCCUUCCUGCCUGCGUGUUUGCUCUACGAAGGAUCGGUCACACACGCAGAGAGACACACACACACAGUGAGAGAGAGAGGGAGAGAGCGAGAGGCCAUGGAUGCAGUGAUGUCAGAUUUUUCGUGCUGUGAGAUGAGAGAGUGCUUGAUGGAUAAGUCUAUACAGACCAGGCCCACACCAGUCCAUUGCCCAAGCCUGUCGGCCUUCUGUGCCUCUUUGGUCCACCUGUCUGUCUGUCUGUCUGUUUCUUGAAUGAACCACCGGUCGCACAUGAGAGAGAGGGCGGGGGAGGGGAGGGGAAGGCUCUUUGGUUUGGUUUGGUUGCCAAUCGUAUCUGUGUGUGUAGUGAUUCAGAUUUUCAAGCCAUAGACUGACAGAUAGACAGACCGCCAUCCCAUCUUGUAGAGAAUGACGUGCCAUGUGUGUUUCUGCAUCUGUGUGUCCGCCCCGUGCUCAUUGGGAGAGGGAGAGAGAAAGCCACUUUUUCAGUUUGCCACAACCAUCAUCCAUCCAUCCAGUCCACUUGACGUCCAUGCUGCAGUGUAGUCUCUAGUGUCCAACUCAAGCCUCUUCUGUCGUACGUGUGUUUCUGUGUCACUGUGUGUGGGUGUGGCUUGUGUGUUGGGGGGGGGGGGGGGG